AUGGCAGAUACCGUUGGAAAGGUUAUUAAAUGUAAGGCAGCUGUUGCUUGGGAGGCAAAGAAACCAUUAACUCUUGAAGAAGUUGAAGUAGCGCCACCAAAGGAAAAUGAGGUUAGAGUAAAAAUUCUUGCCACAGCUAUAUGUCAUACCGACGCGUAUACCAUGGAUGGUCAUGAUCCAGAAGGAAACUUCCCUUGUAUUUUGGGUCACGAAGGAGCAGGAAUUGUUGAAAGUGUUGGUCCCAAUGUUGUAGAAUUCCAACCAGGCGAUCAUGUUAUUCCUUUAUACAUUCCACAGUGCGGAGAUUGUAAAUUUUGUUUGUCUCCAAAAACUAAUGUAUGUAGUAAAAUUAGAGUUACUCAAGGUCAAGGUAAAAUGCCCGACAAUACUUCUCGUUUUACUUGCAAAGGACAAUCCCUGUACCAUUUCAUGGGAUGCUCAACUUUUAGUGAAUACACAGUGGUAGCUGAUAUUUCAUUAUGCAAGGUAGAUAACACUGCAUCUUUUGACAAAAUUUGCCUUUUGGGAUGUGGUGUUUCAACUGGAUUUGGAGCAGCUCUAAACACCGCAAAAGUCGAACCAAAUUCAACAUGUGCCAUUUUUGGCUUAGGGGCUGUAGGGUUGGCAGUGAUAAUGGGUUGUAAAGCUGCCGGUGCAAAGAAAAUCAUUGGUGUGGAUUUAAAUGAAAGCAAAUUUGAAUUAGCUAAAUUAUUUGGAGCUACUGAUUUUGUAAAUCCGUUGAAGUACGAAAAACCUAUACAAGAUGUUCUUAUUGAGAUGACUGAUGGUGGACUUGACUAUACAUUUGAAUGUAUUGGAAAUGUUAAAACAAUGGCAACUGCAUUAGAAGCUUGUCAUAAAGGUUGGGGUGUAUCUGUAAUUAUUGGAGUGGCUGCUGCUGGUCAAGAAAUUUCUACCAGACCUUUUCAGCUUGUUACUGGACGUACAUGGAAAGGAACUGCAUUUGGAGGAUGGAAAAGUAAAGAGAGUAUUCCUGAAUUAGUUUUAAAAUACUUGGAUAAAAACCUAAUGUUAGACGAGUUUGUAAGCCAUAAACUCCCAUUUGAAUCUAUCAAUGAAGGAUUUGAAUUACUGCACUCAGGGAAAAGUAUUCGUACAGUACUUGAGUUUUAG